AUGGCUUUCAGAGGUCUGGAAAGCUGCUGGACUGGUGACAUCAAUGUGCAGUGCUCAGUGGAGCACGACUUAUCCAGAGACGCUGAACUGAAAGUGAAGAGUCAGACAGCCCUGCGCAACAGGCCUUUUUAUCUCAGGCGGUGGCCAGUGACACACCUGGACACGCAGUGGACCAGUGACACACCUGGACACGCCCUGGACCCGCCCUGGACCAGUGACACGCCUGGACCCGCCCUGGACCAGUGA